GUCGAAAUUAUGUAGUAGCCAAAGCAGGACGAUAUUUAGGUAUUUAAAACUUGAUAAAGUAAUAAAAGGACCUACACAUAACGAUAUAUAAAAAAUGCGUUUUGCUAUAUUUAGAAGAACAUUAAGAUUACAAUCAAAGGAAAAUUAAAGAGUGAAGAGAGCACUUGACUAUAGACAAGAAUGGCCGUGAAGCUCAUUUACCUCUGUCUUUUCGUAUACAUUGCCCUUCUCAUUUCAGGGGUGGCUACUACUCAAGGCCGGACAAUGACCACAUCUGGGAGAGGACGGGGUGGGAAGAGUGGUCGGACGGAAUGGCUGUAUGUAGCCGGAGAAUGUGCGAAAUUACCACGUUGCAACAAAUAUUGCGUCUCCAAUGGGUUUCAUCUUGGUGGGUUUUGUAAGAAACUAUCCCCUCAAGCUUCAUCUCUUUUUUGUGUCUGUAAAUAUACCUAGGUUACAUCAAACUCACCGAUCUCUUCUUUGUUGUUGUUGUAGUUGUUUUUGUUUGGAGAUAUAAUAAAGAUUUUGUUCAGAAUAUACAAGCCUUGACUUGUUGCUCCAUUCUAGUUAAUAAUGGUUUGAACUUGUAAGCCUUGUCUUUCUUUGCUGUUUAAAGAAGAUUGAAUCAUGCUAUAAUUAAGAAGCAAUAUCCUUUAAA